CUGUGAUAGGUGUUCGUCGGGGCUCCCCGCCCAGACGGGUGUUAUUACGGCGAAUUGCUGCUGCCUGGGCGUCACUCGGAAGACUUCGAUGGCUCCGCUGGGUCGCCCUCGCUGGCAACCCGUACCGGGAGCGCUCUCCGAAGGCUACGGGCAGCGGGCACUCGGGCGCGCCUCAGCCCUCGGCUCCAAGCGGGGACCCAGGCCUUGGCUCUGGCUCCUCCUCGCCCUGAUCCUCGUUCUCUCCGGUGUCGGCUGCUUUCCCCUUAAUCACAUUGCCAGACAGGAUGCCAGAUGGAAUUCCUCGCAGAAGUGUCAGCCAGGAUUCUAUCUGUCAGAGCACAGUGGCACUUGUAUACCUUGCACUGAUGGAAAGGAUUUCACCAAUCAUUCGAACACCCUCUCCUCUUGCCAGCUCUGUUCUGAAUGCUUCCCAGAUAAGGAAGUAACAGCUCUGUGCACCAGGACCACGGACACCCAGUGUCGCUGCAAACCCGGCACGUUCCAGGACGACAAUUCUCCUGAGUUCUGCCAGAAGUGCAGCCCCGGGUGCCCUGCUGGCAAGGUCGAGGCCAGGCCCUGCACCCCCUGGAACGACCGCGAGUGUGUGGACCAAGAAUCAGGUACCCAGGCCAGUGGGAAGACCCUGGUUCCUGGAGUGACCACCAGCCUGGAGCCGCCUGUCACUUCCUCUCCCUCCUCAGGCAGCUCACAGCUGGGAAUCACAAUUCCAGUCAUCGUUGUCGCCGUCCUCUUCAUUGGGGCUCUGCUGUGUUACUGUUACUGGAGGACUCACCAAGGUUGUGGGGUGGACUCCAACUGCAUAAACAGAAUCUUUCACGGGUUCUCAUGUGCUCCAAGAGGGCCUGAGGCUCAGGACAAUGCCCGCAACACCUUCCUGAGCCGCAGAGAGUCGCCUUCCACGCCCACCUCUGAGGAGGAACUGGAACACCAGGAGCAUGCGGAGCCGGCAGGUGUCACAGAACAGUCCCCAGGAGAAGCAAAGUGUCUGUUGAGACCAGCCGGAGCUGAGGGAUCUCAGAGGAAAAGGGAGCUGCUGGUUCCAGCAAACGGCGCAGACUCUGUAGAAAGCUUCAGGUCAUUCUUCGAUUACUUCAUAGAGACGGUGCUCUUUAAUUCCUGGAAACCUCUCAUGCGGCGGAUGGGCCUCACCGACAAUGAGAUCCAGGUGGCCGAAGCCCAAGCAUCGCACCCUCGGGAGCAGGUCUAUGAAAUGCUGGCGAUGUUGGUCAACAAGAUGGGGCGGGCCAUCUCUGUCAACACCCUGCUGGAUGCCUUGGAAAGCCUGGGGCAUAGGAACACAAAGGAAAAGAUUGAGGACUACCUGGUGGCAUCCGGGAAGUACGUCUCUGUAGAAGAUGCUGCUGUUUCCUGAGGGAAGAGGAUCUCUUUAGGAGACCAGAGCUUUCUUAGUUUGCCUUUUCUCCUGCAAAGGGAGGCAAAGUGGACACUAACCUGGAAGAUGCAGUCAGUCCUUGUCCAGUACUUGAAGAAGUUGUAUUGUCCAAAAGCCCACCAUUCUUGAGGUGUUCUGGAAGUUUUUCAAUGUACUUACAGUAAUUUUUAUGAAAUAUUUGUUGUUUACUAAGGAUGAUAGUCAUAUGUUCACAUGUGUACUGAAAGCUGUUUUAGUUGUUUUUCUUUUUCAUAAAUUUGCACUUUUUACUUUGUUAUUUACUGUAUUGUAAGAUUCAUCCAUGUUGCUAUAUAUCCAUUUAUUUAUGUCUGUGAUUUGCAUUUUUAUUAUUUUUGCAGGGUGGGCCAAAGGCAGAUUCAUAGCUGUGAUACAUGAAACACAGAGUUUACUCUGUAUUACUAUUUAUUUAUUUAUAAGAUCAGUUUAUUAUAUUCAACCCAUAGCGGCUUGUGUGUGUGUCUACACAUGUGAUUCCAGUCUGUCUGACUCCAGUCCACCUGAACAACCAGUGUUUUCUUUAUUUCUUUUUUAAUUUAAUCUUUAUUGUAUUGUUUCCGUUACCAUUUACUCCCCUUACAUACCCCUCCCCCCAGCAAUCACCACACUGUUCUCCAUGUCCAGGAGUCCUUUUUCCUUUUUGUGCAAUCCUUCCAUCCCCUAACUGCCCCCCACUAGCUACCAUCCUGCUCUCCAGCUAUGAGUCUGCCCCAGUUUCUUUGUUAGUUCAGUUUGUUCAUUAGAUCCCACAUAUGAGGAAAUCAUAUGGUAUUUGUCUUUCUCUGACUGGCUUAUUUCACUUAGCAUAAUGUUCUCCAAGUCCAUCCAUGCUGUCUC